AUGACGUCACAGCGUGCAUCUGACCCUCAAUCCCGCCAAAUAAACAGUCGGUCCCCGCGCUUCGUCAAGGAAGGAUGCUUAGGCCACACGCCCUUCAGCCCCUCACAGGCUUACAGCCACUCCGCCCCUCCAGCCCCUCACAGGCUUAAGCCACGCCCCCCUGCCAUCCCUAACAGGCUUAGGCCACACCCCUUCAGCCUCACAGGCUUAGGCCACGCCCCCUCCAGCCACAGGCUUAGGCCACGCCCCCUCCAGCCCACAGGCUUAGGCCACGCCCCCCUCCAGCCCACAGGCUCCAGUCCCACCACAGGCUUAGGCCACGCCCGCCACCCAGCCCACAGGCUUAGGGCCACGCCCCCCUCCAGCCCACCAGGCUUGGCCACGCCCCCCUCAGCCCACAGGCUUAAGGCCACGCCCCCUCCCAGCCCCACAGGCUUAGGCUUAUAUCGGCCCCCCUCCAGCACACUAGGCUUAGCCAACUCUACGAAAAACACGUCUCCGCCACCACCACAUGCAGUGACAACAGCAACGACACUGCCAACACCAGCAACCACCCCUGUCAACACCACUGCCAACACCAGAAACCACCCCUGUCAACACCACUACCAACACCAGCAGCCACCCCUGCCAACACCCACAACCACCCCUGUCAACCUCACUGUCAACCAGCACCCUGUCAAACACCAGCCAACACCCGCAACCACCCCUGUCAACACCACUACCAACACCAGCAACCACCCUGUCAACGCCAGCAACCACCCCUUCCAGCACCACUGCCAACACCAGCAACCACCUCUGUCAACACCACUGUCAACGCCAGCAACCACCCCUUCCAGCACCACUGCCAACACCAGCAAACACCACUGUCAGCAUCCCUGCCAGCACCAGCAACCACCCCUGUCAACAUCCCUGCCAACACCAGCAACCACCCCUGUCAACACCACUGCCAACACCCGCAACCACCCCUGUCAACACCAGCAGCCACCCCUGUCAGCACCACUGCCAACACCAGCAACCACCCCUGCCAACACCAACAACCACCCCUGCCAACACCAACAACCACCCCUGUCAACACCAACAACCACCCCUGUCAACACCACUGCCAACACAGCAAACCACCCCUGUCAACACCAGCAACCACCCCUGCCAACCACCAGCAACCACCCCUUCAACACCCUGCCAACACCAGCAACCACCCCUGCCAACACCAACAACCACCCCUGCCAACACCAGCAACCACCCCUCAAACACCAGCAACCACCCCCUGCCAACACCCAACAACCACCCCUGCAACCAAGCCAACACCAGCAACCACCCCUGCAACCACCCCUGCAGCAACCACCCUGUCAACACCACAACACCACAACCACCCCUGCCAAACACCAGCAACCACCCCUGCCAACACCAACAACCACCCCUUGCCAACACCAGCAACCACCCCUGUCAACACCAGCAAACCACCCCUGCCAACACCAACAAACCACCCCUUGUCAACACCAACAACCACCCCUGUCAACACCACUGCCAACACCAGAAACCACCCCUGUCAACACCAGCAACCACCCCUGCCAACACCAGCAACCACCCCUGUCAACACCAGAAAACCACCCUGUCAACACCAGAAACCACCCCUGUCAACACCAGAAACCACCACUGCCAACACCAGAAACCACCCCUGCCAGCACCAGCAACCACCCUGUCAACACCUGCCAACACCAGCAAACCACCCCUACCAAACACAGCAACCACCCUGUCAACACCACUACCAACAUCAGCAACCACCCAUGCCAACACCACUGCCAACACCAGCAGCCACCCAUGCCAACACCAGCAACCACCACUGCCAACACCAGCGGCCGCCACGAGCUUCCACCUCUGCCAACACCAGCGACCCACCCUGCCAAACACCACAACCACCCUGUCAACACCAGAAAACCACCCCUGUCAACACCAAAACCACCCCUGUCAACACCAGAAACCACCACUGCAACACCAGAAACCACCCCUGCCAGCACCAGCAACCACCCCUUCAACACCCACUGCCAACACCAGCAACCACCCCUACCAACACCAGCAACCACCCCUGUCAACACCACUACCAACAUCAGCAACCACCCAUGCCAACACCACUGCCAACACCAGCAGCCACCCAUGCCAACACCAGCAACCACCACUGCCAACACCAGCGGCCGCCACGAGCUUCCACCUCUGCCAACACCAGCGACCACCCCUGCCAACACCAGCAACCACCCCUGCCAACACCAGCAACCACCCCUGUCAACACCAACAACCACCCCUGUCAACACCAGCAACCACCCCUGUCAACACCACUACCAACACCAGCAACCACCCCUGUCAGCACCAGCAACCACCACUGCCAACACCAGCGGCCGCCUCGAGCUUCCACCUCCGCCAACACGAGACCGUACUCUAGUGGGCCGCGACCUUGCCUAA